AUGGAGAACAAAUCACAAUCCCCAGUGCUCACCAAAAAGCACUCCCUGGCCGACAUCCGCUUCCCGUCUCCUGGCUCGGCCUCCACUCAUGGCUGCGAUCAUGUCAAGAGUCAACUCGAAGCCUCUCAACCCGACCUGAUCAAGCGUUACACAACCUUGAUGCAAACAAUACACAAGAAUGGUGCAAUCGGCCCUCAUCUCUCAAAGUCAUCAGCCAUCUCUCUUCGACCCACCUACCUCUGUCUAGACUGCUCGACUGUCUUUCCAUCAGAACAACGUGGACAGCACGACAAGAAGCACAACCUUUGUGUGGAAUCGAGCAAGGGCAAUGUUUACUGCCGAGAAUGCGAUGACUUUGUCUACGACAAUACCCUUGAAGAGAUUCGCACUCAGCAAGGCAAGAAGCGCAAGCACACCGUCUUCAUGUCCGACGUCGACAGCAAGAUUCUCGCCGCCAAUGCCGCACCUACACCAUGCCGUGCCAAAGGCCUUCGUGGUCUCUACAACAUGGGACAGACAUGCUUUAUGUCGGUUGUCCUCCAAUCCUUAAUCCACAACCCCUUCAUUCGCGCCUUCUACCUCUCCGUCGGCCACCGCUCCCUCGAUUGCGAACGAGAAGCAUGCACAUCAUGUGCCCUUGACGACAUAAUCACCGAGUUCCACAGUACCGAAAAGGCAGAAGGUUAUGGUGCUGUAGCCAUGCUUCAGGGAAGCUGGAAAGGAGGCGGUAAUUUGGCUGGCUACCAACAACAAGAUGCCCAUGAAUACCUGCAGUUCAUCUUGAACUCGCUUCAUACCACAAACCUUGAAGAAGACGAGAAGGAAGAAAAGGCCGAAGACUGUAACUGCGUCAUUCACCGCGCCUUUUGUGGUCUAAUGCGAAGUACAGUCGUGUGCUCCAAGUGCAAGAACGUCACGACUGCCCUCGACCCUUUCAUGGAUCUUUCUCUCGACCUCAAAAGCUCUGCGCCCAAGAAGAAAAAGAAUGAAGCUCCGGUAGCACCUCAAGCCAUCGAUCUGACUGACUGUCUCGAUCGUUUCACAAGUCCGGAAAUCUUGCAAGCUUCGGAAUACCGCUGUCGAGAAUGUGACAGCCAACAAUCUGCCACCAAGCGAUUCGCUCUAUCACGACUACCGCCUGUCCUUCCGAUACACUUGAAACGCUUUUCACACUCAAAAUCGUCAUCUACUUCAAUCAAGCUCGAUGCCAAAGUGCACUUUCCGACCGUAUUGGAUCUGCAACCAUACGUCGGUCGCCCACGCUCGAAAAAGGGCAGCAACGAAACCAACGGAGCAAAGAAUGGCGACGCCGACAAAGGUGCAUCCCCAAGGCCUAUAUAUGAACUCAGCAGUGUCAUCGUACACAAAGGCAAGAUGGACAGUGGACACUAUGUGAGCUACGCUCGAGAGGGCGAUGAAUGGUUCUUGUUUGACGACAGUAAAGUCGUAUUGGUUGAGGAGAAAGAGGUCUUGGCUGCAGAAGCGUACAUGCUCUUCUACAUUGUCCAAGAGAUUUAG